CCUAGGAUGCAGUAGUAGAAUACUUAAUUCACCUAGAAGUCUUGGAAACAGUUUCUUGAUUAACAUUCACACAGCCAAGAGGAAUGGAUGCAAAGAAUCAACAUGCAAAAAGGCCACCAGCUCAACUGCCAAAGAUACCAUCACAGCCAACAGGGAUUUAUAUGUCUGCCGAAGCAUUGACACCACUUCCUGUUCCCCCAGAAGUUUCACCCAAUCAUUUGGAUGAUGAUUAUGAUGAUGGUAGUGCUGUAAUAAUAUCUUUACCAGUAAAAGGAAUGGAAAAGAAAGAAGCUCCUUCCAUCUGUAAACCUGCAAAAGAGAAUAACUCUAGAAAGCUUCAUAUACCCAUUCUUUAUGUCCUAGUAGCCAUAGGUUUUGCAGCAUGGAUUACUCUCUUUUUCUUGGUCCUGGAGAAAUACUCAGAAAUUUCAGAGAAGAUAGAGAACUUGAACCUAAACAACUCAGAGAAGUUUAAAAAAAUGAUGGAAGACCUGGAUUAUGUUAAAACAACACAGUUGAUGACUGAACAAUACUCAAGUAAUAGGUUCGCUGAAACUGAGGAAAUUUUAGAAUCCACCUGCAGCCAAGGAAACAUCACAAUUGUUUCUUCAUGCCCCCACCGUUGGAAGCGUCAAGGGAAAUACUGUUAUUAUUUUUCAGCUGAAAACACAAACUGGACUAAUGCCUUGUGGAAUUGUAUUAAUGAUAAGGCAUAUCUGGUUAGCAUUUUAUCUGAUGAAGAACAGGGUUUUGUGAGAAAUAACCUCAAUGAAGUUGACCAUUGGUUGGGUAUGAGUGAUUUAGAAGGACAGUGGAAGUGGAAAGAAAGUGGUAUGCCACUCAUCACAAGUUUUUGGGAUCGAGGAGAGCCAAGCAACGAUGACAAGAAGAACUGUGGGAUCAUGCAUCCCGGUGGGACAUGGGCAUCCGCUGUGUGUUCUGCUCACAAGAGGUGGAUUUGCCAAAAGAAAUUGAGCUGCUGAAACAAUUCUUUUAGUUGUGAGCUCCUGAUACAGGAUUUAUAUAAUCUGUUAUGUACUGAAGAUGCUUAGUAACCAGACAUAAGUUAGCAUGUUCUUAUAAUUCAUAUUGUGACGCAUCAUUCCAUAUUUGCCCAUAUCAAAAUGUAUAGAUAAGUGUAUGAUGAAAUAGUUCCUUCUCUGCAGCUGAUCCAUAUUUCUCAUAGCUCGUAUAAUCAUCCAUAUAAAACUUGGGGGCAGGGAAACAGGUAUACUUUCCUCUAGUUCCUUCAUACAUAACAAAAACCAGACAUGUUAAAUUAAUAUAUUAAUAUAGUAGGCACUUUGGUCCAUAGAAACAUUGUCAAUUCCUGCCCUCCAGUGACCUAUACUCACAAUGGGGCACUCUGGCAGAGAGCAAAUACCCAGUGUUUUUAAAAUGUUGCAGCCACAACCCUAAUUAUUCAUGAAUGUCAAUGAUAUUAGUCAAGGCAAUGGACACAUUAGUUUCAAGAAAAUUCCCCAAACAAAACGCUCAUAGUUAAUACUCAGAAAGUAUGAUUCCUUGCAUAAAAGCCAGGAGAAAACUUUUAGAACUUGAAACGGUCAUGCUGCCCAAAAAGCCACUUGUCAGCUCAUUUUUCAUGCUUGAGUUUUAGUUGUGUGUGAAAUAUUGAAGAUUUUAAGAAUUGCAGGUUUCCCUUCCUUAAUUAUAAAAGUUUUAGCUUCUAGGGCAGGGGUGUCAAACUCACAUCAUGGCGUCAUCACAUGAUGUAUUGGGACUUUUUCCCCCUUUGUUAAACUGGAUGUGGGUGCGGCCAGCACAUGACACAUCCAGCCCGCUGACCAGGAGUUUGACAGCCCUGCUCUAGGGUCACACACAUUUUCCAUUCUUGAGAACUGCCCUAGCAUUCUCCUGCCUUCUACAUAUCCCACUUCUUCCACCUCACUCGUACAAGCACUCACUCGUACAAGCAGUCUUUACAUCUUAUUUUAAAAUACUUUUUAUUAAACGUUUUCCAACAAUUUAUAGCAUAUUAACAUUUCAACAAUGAUACAUUGUCAACAUUCAUAUUCAUAUAUUAGUUACUGUGUUACUUUUGUGUCUAUUGUCUAACAAGAUAUACCAGGCAUCCCAGAUCUGAUAAUACUCUGCUUCACCUCUAUCUUUUAACUCUAAGGUCAACCUGUCCAUCUCUGCGCAAUCUAAAAUCUUUCUUAUCACUGUCCCCUCAGAUGGUAUAUUAUCCUGUUUCCAGUACUGUGAGUACACAAUUCUGGCCACAGUUGUUAUAUGUAAAAUGAUAUAUUUGUCUGUCUUAGUAUAAUCUCCCCUUAUUAUUCCCAAUAAAGACAGUUCCGGUCUGAAUUCAAUUCUUUGUUUUGUUAUUUCCUCUAUGCACUUUUGCA